AUGACGCGCCCACCCGUCAAGGAACUUUCUGAGCGUCGACGCAGCGCAUUGGUGCUGUCGCAGGAAAUGGACAUCUCACACAGUUGCAAGUUUGGAAAUUCGUUUGGGAGAAUGCAGAGAGUCUUCGAAUAUAUAUAUCAAUUCCUUCAAAGGGUAAGCAAGAAUCGAGUACGGCAUAAAGGAGAGCUUACAGUCGAGGAAAUCAAAGGUGGUACUCAUCUAUUCAUUACAGGGAUUCAGCGCGUGCAUUUCGCCGAAGAUCGCAAGGCACUAACCUUGAAGAUGAAGCUGUCGCCGAGGAGUAAACUUCUAUCCUUAAACCCAUUUAUAGAUGCAGGAGGUCUAAUGCGCGUCGGCGGACGCCUUCAUAAUUCGCAGCUGGACUUCGAUGCCAAGCACCCUAUGAUUCUUCACAAGUCUCAUCAUAUAACCUCAGCCAUCAUGGAUCAUUUUCAUUGCAAGUUCCUUCAUGCAGGAACACAGGGCUUGUUAGCCGCCUUACGACAGAGAUUCUGGCCCAUUGGAGGGCGAAAAACGGUUUCUGCUAUCAUCAACAAGUGCAUUCAAUGUUUUAGGUUAAAGUCCAAGCUAGUCGAACACAUCAUGGCGCCGUUUCCGGAGGACCGAGUGCAGCCGAAUCGCCCAUUCGUCAUCUCUGGAGUGGACUUUUGUGGCCCCUUUUAUUCGAAGUCAGAGGUGAGCGAUCCUCAAAACAUUGAGCUAUGGAAUUCCCUUACGUCAAUGGAGACCCGGUGGAAUUUCAUCCCACCUCGUUCCCCGCACUUUGGUAGCCUGUGGGAGGCCGGCAUCUUCAUACAUGUUUGGACGGCAUAG